CAUUUAUUGUAAAAACCAAAAGUAGAUACUCUAUCCCGUUUUCAGUUAAUUUUAUAGAAUGGCGGCACCACAGAAAACGAUCUUUAGUUUAAAUGACUACUGUCUGGAGUAUACUUUCAGUUACCUGGAGAUUACUGAUCAAAUUAUUCUGGCUGAAACCCAUCCUCAUUUCAAACGUAUAAUAAAAAAUCUUAUCCCAAAACGGCCGUUUCCACCUGCAGCUGUAUACAAAGAGUUUGGUGAUUUGACUGACUACGUCUUGAGACAAUACGGUCAGGUAGUUCAUAAAAUGGAUUUUGAUUUCCGCGCGGAACGAGAGGUCCAGGAACUUGUUCCGGAAUAUUGCCACGACAUUAAAGAGCUCACCCUGAUUGCCAUGAGGUAUGCACAGGACGAUAUGGAUUUUUUCAGCCUCGAAAAAUAUAACGGCUCUCCACUGUCACAGCAGCGCAAUGUUGGACAAGCAUUGCCUAUUCAUCAGCAGGCUCACGGAGUUGGAGGUCCUUGUUUUGGAUCACAAUCAACAAAUAACCGGAUUUCAUCUGAACAAGUUGACAAAGUAGAAAAUUCUCAGUCUAUCGGGUUGCGUAAGGAUUACUUCAGAUAAUUUCAUCGAAAUCUGCAAAGCGAACAAACUGAGAGGUCUGAACAUUUCUGAAUGUCGCGGGAUUGACAAUGCAGCGUUUUAGACCUUGGUUGAGACUCAAACGAAGUUGGUCAAUAUCACAGUUGAUCAUUGCUACCUAUGUGGUGACGUGGAGAUUGUAGCAGGUCUACCCAACCUUCAGGUCGUUACUAUCAAUUGGAGUUGUCAAGGUUACCACAAGGAAAGCAAACUCAUCAAUAGCCUUGCCAAACAGCGGGCACAGUCACUUCAAGUAUUGCGAAUAAACAAACCAAACUAUUUCGUCAAAAACGAGCGCUAUGUCAUUUUGAAGUUGGAAAACCUUCUUCAACUAUGUUUCAAUUCCGACCAUCAUCUCAAGGAAGCCUUUCUUUGGAAGAUUGGUACUCAUUGUCCUAAAUUGCUAGAACUUGACGUGUCAAGAUGCAAGAUGAUCACACAGGAAGGAUUGUGUACACUUUUAAGUGAUUGGAACAUUCCCUGUACUUUGGAUUUGAGAUCGUAUAACCCCAAGAGGUCCUUCACAUUUAGUGUAGAAGACCAAAUGCGUAAAAAGGAUUCUAAAUGUUUCACAGUUUUUUUCAAAGAAACAGAUUCACAGAAUGCAUACCCCAUGUUCUUGGAUCAGCAGGCCUAUUGGGUUUACCUUCCAGUUCAACAUGAAGCUGGGGAUGCAAUGAUGGAUGUGGAAGAAGUUAGGGAUGCGGAUGAAGCUAGGGAUGUGGACGAAGCUAGGGAUGUGAAUGCAAACCAGGAUGAGCGUGCCGUUAACAUUGAGAUUCAUUUGGAGUAUAUGGGUGAUUAGUCAGUACUUUGAGAUCAGUAAUAAAGUGGAUUAUGCCAAGA